AUGGAACAGUACUGGUUUUGGGGCGGAAGGUCCACCACGCAUGCUUUGCUAAGUCUUGUGGGGAGCAUUGUCGAGGGCUUUGACGCUGGUGAAAUAGCGGAGGCCACCUUUUGCUAUCUCUCGAAGGCUUUUGAUUGUGUGGAUCAUGGAGUGCUGAUGCAGAAGCUCGAGUGUAGUUCUGGCUUGCCGGUAUCGUUUGGAGUGCCGCAGGGCUCGGUGCUCGGGCCCCUGCUGUUUAUACUUUACAUCAACGAUUUGCCUUCCCACAUACCAUAUUUAAAGAUGUCGGACAAAAUUUUUGACAAUUUAUAUUUACCCGCGAUAACUAGAGAAUUCGGCAAUUUUGACGCGAAUCAUGAUCACGAACACGUAACAAAUAAUGAGAGCGUACUCCAAGAUAUCCAUAUUCAACCAAUAGAACCUACGGGACAACCAAUUUUACUUCCCGAUUAUCUAAGCGCAUUCAAUGAACCGACGCCACCUGUAUCUACCAAUUAUCCGAGCAUAGCCAAUGAACCUGCGGUACCUUUAUCUAUCGAUGAUCCGAGCACAUCCAAGGACGCGACGCUAAAUUUACCUAUCGAUUAUCUGAGCAUAUUCGAUGAAGAGACUCAACCUGUACCUACCGAUUAUCCGAGCAUAGUCGAUGAAGAGACUCAAUCUGUACCUACCGAUUAUCCGAGCAUAUUCGAUGAAGAGACUCAACCUGUACCUACCGAUUGUCCGAGCAUAUUCGAUGAAGGAAUUCAACCUGUACCUACCGAUUAUCCGAGCAUAUUCGAUGAAGAGACUCAACCUGUACCUACCGAUUGUCCGAGCAUAUUCGAUGAAGAAAUUCAACCUGUACCUACCAAUUAUCCGAGCAUAGCCAAUGAACCUGCGGUACCUUUAUCUAUCGAUGAUCCGAGCACAUCCAAGGACGCGACGCUAAAUGUACCUAUAGAUUAUCUGAGCAUAUUCGAUGAAGAGACUCAACCUGUACCUACCGAUUAUCCGAGCAUAGUCGAUGAAGAGACUCAAUCUGUACCUACCGAUUAUCCGAGCAUAUUCGAUGAAGAGACUCAACCUGCACCUACCGAUUGUCCGAGCAUAUUCGAUGAAGGAAUUCAACCUGUACCUACCGAUUAUCCGAGCAUAUUCGAUGAAGAGACUCAACCUGUACCUACCGAUUGUCCGAGCAUAUUCGAUGAAGGAAUUCAACCUGUACCAACCGAUUAUCCGAGCAUAUUCGAUGAAGACACUCAACCUGUACCUACCGAUUUUCCGAGCAUAUUCGAUGAGGACGCUCAACCUGUAGCUACCGAUUAUCCAAGCAUAUUCGAUGAAGAGACUCAGCCUGUACCUACCGAUUUUCCGAGCAUAUUCGAUGAAGACGCUCAACCUGUACCUACCGAUUAUCCGAGCAUAUUCGAUGAAGACGCUCAACCUGUACCUACCGAUUUUCCGAGCAUAUUCGAUGAAGACGCUCAACCUACGUUCAAACCUGUACCUACCGAUUAUCCGCGCAUAUUCAAUGAAGAGACUCAGCCUGUACCUACCGAUUUUCCGAGCAUAUUCUGUAAAGAGACGCAACCUGUACCUGCGGAUUAUCCUAGUAUAUUCACUAAACCGUCGGUACCUGUAUCUACCUUUUAUCCGAGAAUAUUCAAUGAACGGACGGCGCCUGUAUCUACCGAUUAUCCGAUCAUAUUCAAUGAACCGACACUACCUGUAUCUACCUAUUAUCAGAGAAUAAUCAAUGAACCGACGGUACCUGUAUCUACCUAUUAUCCGAGCAUAUUCAAUGGACCGGCGGUACCUGUACCUACCGAUUAUCGUACAAUAGGCAAUGAACCAACGGUACCUGUAUCUACCUAUUAUCCGAGCAUAUUCAAUGGACCGACGGUACCUGUACCUACCGAUUAUCGGACAAUAUUCAAUGAACUGGCGGUACCUGUAUGUACCGAUUAUCCGAGCAUAUUCAAUGAACCGGCGGUACCUGUACCUACCGAUUAUCCGACAGUAUUCAAUGAACCGACGGUACCUGUAUCUACUGAUAAUCAGAGCAUAUUCAAAUAUCCGACUUUACCUGUAUCUACCUAUUAUCCUAGAAUAUUCAGUGAACCGACGGUAUUUGUAUCUAAAGUUUAUCCGAGGAUAUUCCAUGAACCGGCGGUACCUGUAUCUACCCAUUAUCCCAACAUAUUCAAUGAACCGACGGUACCUGUAUCUGCCGAUUAUCCGAACAUAUUCAUUGAAUCGACGGUAUCUACAUAUAAGCAAGCAAUUACUUAUAAAUCUUCCAUGAGACCAUAUUUGCCGUACCAAAAUUUUAAUAAUUCGCCUCUUUCUCAAUACAAACAAUAUCAAUCGAUGGUUAUGCCUGAAACAUAUCUGACUCCGUUUAGUGCUCAACCCGUGUUAUUCAAUGUACACCGUCCGAUUCUUUCCGAUUAUAUGAAUCAGCCACAAUAUUAUUGCAACCUGAAACCCCCUGCCCAUCCGCCGUUUCCACAAUUCCCUUCACCAUUUACUAUGGGAUAUAUUCAACAUACCACUUCCACCUACACGACUUGGUCUGCAAAUUACUCUUCAAUUUAUGACGGAGGGCUUAACUAUCAACCAUUCACUUAUCCGUACUAG